UUGGCGGAGAGCCGCAAGCGUCAUGCUGCUCGUUUGACUUCCUUCGGAGUGAGGCAAUGGCAACGAACGUUGGCAUGAAGGAAAUCAGACGGGGGUUCUGCUCAGAUUGCUCGUGUAAAGAGCUCUACCAGGACCCCUGCACGGUGGAACGCACCACCCUGAGUGCUGAGCUUACUGCGGCCACCCGCACACGGCCCACAACGAACUCGCUAAAGGUGGAUGCACAGCUUCGGUUCCAUAACACGAUCGUCGCCAUGCUGGGAAAACUGGAGGAGGUAAAAGGCGCCUUUUGCGGAGACAACCCGACAACAUUCUUGAACGUUAAGACCAUUCUCCGGUCUCGAUUGGCCAGGAGUUCUCUCAUCACCUAUGGACGAUUUUACCCCUGACGAAGAAGUUCCAGGACCCAAGACUUUCUUCGGUUCGGAGAAACGGAUCGUUUGUGGGAACGGGUCAGUGACACUCUCCGCUAGCACGACUAUGGAGGGGGCACUAGUCAUGUGCUUAUGGGUGUAUUAAAUAACAAGGCUCUCCUACCCUAUGGCACAUGGACAAACCCUUGGACUCCUCUAAGGUCUGCUCGUUGAAAAUAAAGUGUUUCGAUUCAGUUUAUGUCAGACAAGCUCAGACAAUUGCUCAUGGCCGUUCAAAAACGACAUAAAUUCUGAGCUUCUACU